AAUACCGCGAUUUCAAGGUCAAGGAGAAUUCACAUUACAAGGUGAAGCUGAACUCUCAUCUAUGACCGUAAAAAAAGCGUGGUCUCGACCUCCGAUCUCGAUGGAAUUCCAAGUAUUAAUGUUUACCUCGUCGGGACUGCUCGUUCGGUUCUUGAAAGUGUUUGAAAAGAGCAAUUAUCAAAGUGUAAAGUGGGUUAGAUAUAUGACCAAAGCAGGGAGUUAUCAAAUACGGGUGUGUUUCAUUUUUCUAUAA